GCCUCUCCCAGGCCACGUGAUCCGCGCGACCUGGGCGCGGUAGCCGCAGCAAUCCUACCAAGUCCAGUCUCGAACCGCGAGUGGACUGACGCGACCCCGGCGGCCGCCCAGUGCGCACACCAUGGCGAUGCAUUUCAUCUUCUCAGAUAAGGCUGUGCUUCUGUUUGAUUUCUGGAGAGUCCACAGUCCUACAGGUAUGGCCCUCUCAGUGCUAGUAGUCUUGCUCCUGGCUGUAUUAUAUGAAGGCAUCAAGGUUGGCAAAGUCAAGUUGCUCCACAAGACUGUGGAGAACCUGCCUAAUACCACCAGCCAGCAGCUCAUCCUGGAAUCAGACCAGGAUUCUACAGGCUCCGUAUCAACUGCAGCCAAUGGUACCCGCCUCAGGUGGUUUUUGUAUUACUUUGGCCAGUCCCUAGUCCAUGUCAUGCAGGUGGUCAUUGGCUACUUCGUGAUGUUGGCUGUAAUGUCCUACAACACCUGGAUUUUCCUCGGUGUGGUCUUGGGCUCGGCUGUGGGCUACUACCUAGCCUACCCACUUCUCAACAUGACUUAGUGGGCCAGAAAUGUGUAGGUGCUUAGGGCUGGAGAGAGCUGGGGCCUCUGCUCCAGGUUAUACUUCAGCUGCUUCCAGUUUCGUAUGAUGGCCAUUGCUCACCUCUUUCCCAGUUCCUGGCAGCUUUGAGCUGAAGCCAGCAAAUUGUCCCUGGAGCUUAGAGGACACUGGAGCUACCUCCCUUCCCAGCCUGGCCUACAUAGGGCCCAGGCCUCCUGUGGUGCCUUAAGCAAGUGGCUGUGACCAAAGGGAACAUGGAGAGACUGAAACCUGAAGUGAGGGUAGCCAGGCCUGUGACGAUACACCUCAGACUGCAAAUUAAAAAUGUCCAAAGAGCUUCAGUGAGGAAGGUCAUGGAACCUGGAUACCCUCUUCUGCUUUGUGCCUUAAUGCCACGAGCAUCUCCAGUCUUGGGAGACGGACCAUGCCACCUCCUUCUCACCUUUUUGCCUUAGAACACAUAAAGACGGCCAUUGACAAAACAAGUUUUUCACCUUGAACUCCUGGUUGUCAAUUUUGCACAUUUAUACAAAAAAAGUUUCUAAUGAGCUCACUGUGUUCAUGACGAUGGCAGUGUCUGCUGAGAACAGUCUCCCUUAUUUAGGUAAGACUGAUGCUGACUAAAGGCAGAGAGCCAGGCUUGUUAGCAAGGCUGCAGACAUGUCUGCUAUGUUCAUCACAGAGAACAGCAUUUCGUAACAGAGCUGGCUGCCCCUUAUUUCUUACUUGCUGCUAACUCCUAAUGACCUGAUAGGGAGCCAUGAGUCAGUCACUGAAGUACUGAUUCAGCAGGGGUGUGUUGGGAGGGAGGUGACUGAGGGUGCAAUAAGCAGUCAGACCAAAGCCAGGUCAUGUUAACAGUUAACUGGACUCCUGGUAUUUGAGCCUUUUUGUUUUACAGAUAAAAGUUAUUAGACAGGAAUGGGGACACAUACCUGUAAUCCCCAGUACCCAGGAGACUGAGCCUGGAGAUUGGGUUUGAGGGCAGCCUGGGCUACAUAUGGAGUUCCAGGCUAGCCUGGGAUGCCCAGUGAAACACACACACACACACACACACACACACACACACACACACACACACACACACACACAGCAGUCACUGCUACAUACUAUAUAGUGUCUAUGUUCAAGUACCUCCUGAACUCAAUGAAAAGAUGGUUUUAAGCUUUGGGAAUUAAAAACAAAUACACUUUAAUAAAUUUCUAUUUUUGAACAGUC